CACCUUGGUACAAGGCGGCCUGCUGUCACGAUGACAGCACAUCAGAAGGUGUGAAAUAUCGAGCAAAGAAAAACACGAUUACGUGAAUAGAAACGGCUCGUUUUCCACCGGAACGCAACAAUGGCAGCGUCUUCUCAGGCUAGUCGCGGCCUGACCGCACUCUUCAAGCGCGGGUGGAACGAAAUCCCCGAGGUGGUCGGCUCGUCAGUGAUCGCUCUAAUCGGAAUCGGACUCAGCGUGGUGGGACUGACCAACUACUACCGCAAGGACGCUGAUAACCGCCGGUACAAGCUGACGUACGUUGUGAUGCGUCCGGAUGAUCCCCGAGCAGCGCGCAUCCGCCAGGAUUAGAACCGCAAAACAACCCAACCAACCACCACACACACACAUGCCAUCCAUCGGCUCGGUUAGAUCUAAAUAAAAUGUGUUUACUGAUGUAAAAA